AUGUUUAUCACCGACGCUGCCGUCACACAGGCUCUCGCCGCCGCACAAGCUACUGCCGCAGCGCAAUCUAGUAUCGCCGCACAGAAUAACUUCACUACUAAUCCGUAUCAACUCAACGCAUCCGACAAUCCAGGCUCACUCAUCUCUUCUGUCAUCCUCAAGGAAGACAAUUACUCAGAAUGGGCGAUUGAGCUGCAAAACUCGUUACAAGCUAAGCAAAAACUUGGCUUUAUUGAUGCCUCAACCUUGUGGAAGAGUCUUCAAGCUCGAUUUUUCAUUGGUAAUGGUGUCUGUAAACAAGUUUUGAAAGAUGAGAUUGCUUUGUGCAAGCAAAACGGGCAAUCAGUUCUUGAAUACUAUGGUCGUUUGACCAAGUUAUGGAAAGAGUUGCAGAACUACAGAACCACACAAGUCUGUCGUUGUGAAGCUGCUUCUGCUAUUGCCAAAGAACGUGAGGAAGAUCAAGUUCAUCAGUUCCUCUUUGGUCUUGACCUUCCUUGCUUUAGUCAGCUACGCUCAACAAUUACCGGCGAGGAUCCCUUGCCAUCUCUUAACCAAGUGUACUCCUGUACCAUUCGAGAAGAACAAAACCUCAACAUCGCACGAGCUAACGAAACUCCAAAACCUGAUGCUAUUGGCUUUGACGCUAAAGGAGAUUCAUCUGCUAGAGUUGCGGCUGUCUCAGGUUCUCGUUUUCGUGAUCGCUCGACUCUCACGUGUACUCACUGUAAUCGUCAAGGGCAUGAAGUUUCAAAAUGUUUUAACCUUCAUGGUUAUCCUGACUGGUACUACGAGCUCAACAAAGGGAGUACUCAACCCUCUCGUUCUGAUCCUAAGGACUCUGCUGGUCGUGGUGCGGUUCAGCGAGGUGGACGUCCGCCAGCAACUCGAGGUCGAGGUCGUGGGAGAGCCAACAAUGCACGGGUUGUCCCAGAUCAAAGUCAAGAUGAGAUCGCACACCUGAUCAGCCUCCUGCAAGCACAACGACCCAACACCACGUCUGAAAAGCUGUCCGAUGUGAUUGAUAUUCUACCUUCCGCUGUGAAAUUCCCUGAUGGGACUGGCUCUCGUGCUACCAAGCGUGGGACGUUGGCCUUGUCCUCUGAUUAUCUGCUGCCUGAUGUCUUAUUUGUUCCUGACUUUGACUGCACCCUUAUCUCAAAGUCAAAGCUCUUGAAACAAACUGGUUGUAUCGCCAUUUUUACUGACACUUUGUGCAUCUUACAGGACUGUUUCACGAGGACUUUGAUUGGUGCGGGUGAAGAGCGUGAGGGAGUGUACUAUUUUACCGGUGUUCUGGCUUGUCAUGUCAACAAAGUUUCAAAAGAUGUUGGUUCGUCUGGAGCAUUGUGGCAUCGUCGCUUAGGGCAUCCUUCUGCUAGUGUUUUGAUUUCUUUACCAAAUUGUGAUCGAUCUCUUAGUGUUCUUGAAGAGAUCAAGAGUUGUGAUAUUUGUUUUCGAGCUACGCAAACUCGUGAAAUUUUCAAUGAUAGCAUUAAUAAAGCUUCGGAUUGUUUUUCACUUGUUCAUUGUGACGUUUGGGGCCCGUACCGCACUCCUUCGUCUUGCGGAGCUGUCUACUUUCUUACAUUAGUUGAUGACUUCUCUAGAUCCGUUUGGACGUUUCUCAUGAGUGAGAAAUCCGAAGUUGCCAAGUUGAUCCGUAUUUUGGUGCCAUGGCUGAAAAACAAUUUGGCAAACCCGUGA